CUCAAAUGCUUCUGUUGCCUCGAAAACAAAGUUGGAAGAUCGGCUGCUGUUAAGCACAUCCUCAGCUCUCCAGCAGACGUCGGGGCAGGCUGCGCUGCCUCAGUCGGUGGCUCUGCCUCGGCUGGCGUCGCGGCGAGCAACGAACUUGCCCAGUGGGAGAACAUCAGCAGUUGAGCGCGAGCGACACGCCUGGCCAGUUCGUUGUUGUCGGUUGUCGGACCAUGGCGCGAGUGUACGGAGUGAUAUCAGUGCUGCUUUGGCUCUGCUUGAGCAGCGGAUGCAGCGGCUAUUUCAGCCUCCAUGUGGGCGAUCCGUGCCCGACCCGCGAUUAUCGCAGCAGCUGCCAGCCAGCGGAGCUCUGCUCCACGCUGGGGCAGUUCAUCAAGAGUGGACGGCUGGCAGUUGAGUCUGUGCUUAACUGCGGCUAUACUAUAGUUAGUGAGAAGAUUUGCUGCCCCAUUGAGGACACACCAACAACACCAACGACAACAACAACGACAACAACAACAACAACAACGCCACGGCCAGUAGCUGAAACAACAACAGACGUUCCUCAACACUGGCUUAGCAUAUUUAAGACAAGUCGAGAGUAUGUGCAGCGUUCGGUGGCCGAACACGCACCACCGAGCCGGGCCAGCAUCAUAUUCCCAGACACCUCCACUUUGUCGGGCGCCGCCUGCCAGACGCCCCUGUACGAGGGCAGUUGCGAGUCCAUUUCGCGUUGCCGCAGCCUCGAGCCGUUGCUGCUGCAGCAUCGACUGCGCGAUGACGAUGUGCAAACGUGUCGGGAUGGCACCAUCGAGGAGAUCAUCUGCUGCCCAGUCAAUUUGCCGCCGGUGCCACGCGGCCAGGUGGGCACCGCCAUGCGUAUCUACCUGCCGGGGGCGACAACACCGCUGCCAACGGUCGAUGAUGAGAGCGCCAUUGCCAAUGCGUUGCAGCUGCUGCCCCACUACACGCAUCUGGCUGCGCUCGCAUAUCCGAAUGCCGCCCACGAUGGGUAUGUGCAUCGCUGCGUGGCGCUAGUUUUGACGCCGCAGCUGCUGGUCAGCGCCGCAGGCUGCGGUCGGCCCAGUCAUGCGGUCUUUGGUGUGGCCGAUAUGCGUGACGUCGACGAUGAGGAGGACUUUUUGGCCGUUGUAAACCGCGUCGCUGUUUAUCGCGACGAUUUGGCUGUGCUGCGCUUAACGCAACCGCUGCCAGUGGAUCAGUCGAGUGCUCCACGUAUCGGUCUGGCUCCCAUGUGCACCCAGUUCGAGCUGACACGCCUGCAGAUCAGCGGGCAGCUGCUGGCCACCGCCUGGGCCAAGGGCAAUGCCAGCGAUUGUCCGCUCUAUGAGCUGCCCAUGCGUCUGCUGCCCAUGGACGCGUGCAAGGACAUCGCCAAUUCGACUGCCGCCCAGGAGCUGCCUUCGUCACAUCUCUGCCUGGCGCCCAUUGACGGCAACGCGCUGAUUGCCAGAAAUUCCAGCUCAUGUGCUCCAUGCCCCGCUGUCGUGGGCAGCGUGCUCCAUUUGCGGCGCCCCAGCGGCAGUCGUUGUGUGCUGGGCAUUGCCACGCCCACUGCCGCUAGUUGUAAUGCAAACGUCAUGUACUACACGAGUCUGCUGAACACACAGCUCCUGCACUUUGUCGAGCAGCAGCAGAAGGAAAAGCGUCUAUAGCCAAGAAGGACGUAAAACGUUGUCUAGGCGCCAAGCGGCUGGCUCCACUGCAAGUGGCAACAGCUGCUGCAAACUCCUUUCCAAAUGUGAUUAGUAUAAGAUUUAUGCAUACAUAUACAUAUAUUAAAUAUGUAUUGUCUUAUAGCUAGUAUGUACUAGCAUGUAGUAUAGUAUAUAGCGAGGUAAGCACAAUAUAUGUAAACUGGUUUUCCAGCUGCCUAAAGUACAUAUUUUGAAUAUUGUUAUAUUUUGUCUUGAAGUCUCA